CCAGCUGGCUUGAAUAAUUGCUGUUGGAGCUAAUUAAUUAGUUUGAAAUCGUAAUUGCUGCUAGCAUCUCAUAAAAAUAAUACACCCUUUAAACUAAAAAUAGAAAAAAUAUUUUACAAAGAAAAAUGUUAAACAAAUUUAAAAUUUUAUUAAUAUUAAUAAUACUGAAUGUGUUAACUCAUGAUGAUGUUUUAGCGGCCAAAAGUGAAAAUAUUAACACUCAUGAUGCCAUUUGGGGAGCACGUAGUCAACGAGAUGUGCAUAUGAGUAGACAAAUUGUUGUGGACAAGGCCAAAACUAUGCGUGUUAUAAGUGGAGAUUAUGAGUUUAGACCAAAAGUAACCUGGUGAUUGCAUUAUGGUCGAACAAUAACUCAAAUCCAAGUUACCGAUCAAUACAAAAAUGGCAAUGGUGGUUAUGCCACCUUAAAGGAUGGUGGUCCCAGCACCCAUUAUGCUGUCAUUCAUUUAAAAUCUCAACGUAAUCAUGGCUAUAAUUUCAUUAUUGACAUUUAUGGUCAAUAACUGUAUUUGUUUUUAGUUAAUUAAUGCAAAGAUAAAUUAAAUGAAAUACGCCGAAAAACUAUUUACUGUUAUUAUUAUAAAUCGAGUUUAUUUUGUAGACUUUUAAUUAAAAUUGUAAAUAAAUGAUUUCGUAUGAAAAUUA